UGUAAACGGAAAGGAACACAUGGGCAGUUAUUUGAAUCAGAGAAGGGAGGAAGGGAGGGAAGGUACAUGUAUUGUCAUAUAAUACAUAUUCCAAAAUGCCAAAUGUACCUACCUGCCCUGGGUGUUUGUUCCCUCAUUGGCCCCUCCUCCUCUUCCUCCUCUUCCUCAAUAUUUCAUCUUCAUCUCAAUAUUCAUCCCUUCAACGAUAUUGAAUGAAGUAUGUCACGAUAAUCUGUCUAUUCUUUUUGACAAAUAUAGAGUCAUCUACAAUGUUAUCUCCUUCUCAGUUUAGUCCUGACUUUCGAUAUGCAGCGGCUGGGCGACUCGUGCCUGCGACUCAAAAUAUUAACAAUAUCGUCGUCCACAUGCAACCUACCUAAUCAAAUUAGAUCCAAACACAAUGUUAUAACCCCUCCCUGGCCCAAGUACCGACCUGAAGAUGCUCCAUUGCGGAAAAAAUAUCUCACCUACAAUGUGUCUGAACUAAUUCUGGACCUUGAGGCUGAAGAUAGUGCCUACGUGCGCCCAUAUAAUGAGGAGAUAGAUGGUGUGCCUAGGUCUGCCUGGGCUCAGCACACAAUAGAGUCUAGGUCAAAAGUGAGGCGUGUUGCCAUCUUCGAGAGACAAUCGAAAGAAUAUGAAGCGAAGUCGAGAUCCGUUCAGACCGACAAGUUCAGCGCAUGGCGAAUUUCCGACCAUGAUAUUCUCUCCGUCGUAUUAGCCAAUUCCCCCUCCGCGAGAAUAAACCCAGACACAAGUCCAGGUUCUGAUUCGCACACCUUAAAUGACAUUCACCCCCUUCGAACUCCUCGCGCUUCUCGUUUGGUGCAAAUCAUGCUCGAGAAUAAUGGAAUCCCAGAUCACGUAUGGAAUAGUACCUCCAAGACCGUCACCUACAUGUUGCGCUCCCAACAGUUGGCACAUCGUCGACGGCCUAGUUUGGAAGACGCCGAGUUGUUUCCAGAGGCCCUUCAUAGAUGUCACAGCUUCGUUACGUUCGAGAGGCUCGUCACAAAUAUGCUUCAAACCCCACGAGGCUGUCAGAUUGUCUCCCUUUACAACGACGCCCUUUUAUUUGUGCUCUCCAAGAUGGAACACACCACGCCACCAGCAGAGAUGCUACCAUUUCUCCACAACUUGAUCUUGAGUUUAGAAUCGCAAGACUUGCCCAUUACGUUCUUAUUGCUGUGGCGUGCCUUCAAAACCUCGCUUUUGUCCCAAGCCUUCAUUCCCGCCAGAAAAUACCUGAACAUAAUUCAUGAUAAAGGACAUGCUUUGGAUGAUGUACAAAUAAAGGAAGCUCUCCGGAUUUUGGUGACGAUAUGGCAGUCUGGGAAACCCGCCAUUUCAUCUCGUAUGGCAGCACACGCCACCCCCCAACUAUUAGCAGUAUAUAGCCUCCUGACAGGCCGAGAACCAUGGGAGGAGACGUCACGGCCAUCGCUGAACGAUUCAAAAACUCGGGAUCCUUCGCAUCUCCAUAAUAGGAUCCAUGUUCCUAAAGAAUAUAUCACUUGCCUGGCCCAUGUAGGAGCCUUUCGAACAAUGUGGUACGUUUGGCGUGCGCGCCCGGAUAAUCGGGGCGUCGUCAGGCGACAGAAGAGUAAACCGUGGAAUGUUAAACAAAAAGCCGCCGACGCAAAGAAUAGAGAAUAUGUUAAAGCCAAAGUGUUCGCUAAUGCCAUCAGAGAAGCAAUUGAAGCCAAUAGCCGCCUACUGGAGGUGGCACAGGCAUCUGAUUUUGCAAAUGCCAGCGGUCAGUACGAGGGCGACUGCCAGCUCGAUAUAGAGUCAAUAGUGAAGUCAGCCGACCUCAUUUCACAACGCUCUCCGCCCAGCCUAUUCCUACUCCCUCAAAUUUCCCAGACUAAAAUCGCGAAGAUUUUUCGAAAAGAGACGAUCUCGGAAGCGAUGUCAGCCCUAAGAGAUUAUUUGACGCAUGUCCAGAAAGAUAAAAGUGAGAUACUUGAGAUGGAAAAGGGAGAGGACAUGGGAGAGGACAUGGGAGGGAUAAAAGGAUCAGACUAGACUUGGACACGUCGUUUUGUAAGCUCCAGACUCUUCCUGCAUACUAAUGUACAUGGUAGUCCCUCAUAGAGUCAAUGACGCGGACUAUAUCCUAAUGUGAAAGCAUAUUGAGUAGCGCAUACAAUAUUGUACAUCCUAAGUGCAUGUAAGCUUUCUCGAGCUACAUAAGACUGGGGGUCUGGCGAAAGUUAAGGGAGGUGCAUUAGACUUUACCCCUUUAUUGAAAGAUGGCCUCUUUUUGAGCUCAAUUUCUUGCCACCCGCAGUACAUUACUACUGUAUGCCUAGAUGUCUGCGUAUCCUAUGAGAGCUUUUUCAGGGCUUAUCGUUCUACCUGCCUAGGCACUUUAGAGGAUGGAUAUACUAAUGCUUAGGGCAGCCAUGUACGUAUAUCCGCGGUGCUCUGAUGCAUAUAACAGGCCUUCCAUAAUGUGAACACUAUUACCAGGAA